UUUGAUUUUACUUUGACUUUGACAGCCUUUAUUAGGGGAAAUGAAGCUCGCAAUUUCCUGGGACGACGUCUCCUAUACAAUCGAUGGGAUUUUGAAAUUUUUACUCAAGGAAAUCUUGAACGAGAAUGUAUUGAAGAAAUAUGUAGUUUUGAAGAGGCACGUGAAGUUUUUGAAGAUGAUAGGAAGACAAGUAUCUUUUGGAAACAUUACACAACAAAGGGCCCUUACGCCAAACCAGGCAUUACAACUGAUAUAACUACAAUUCUGACUGCGUUCUUUGGCACUGUGUUAUUUUUAAUUCUAUUGGUGUUCUUUAUCUGGUAUUACUGCAAGCAGCGGAGACACAAAGAUCGAAGUAGUGCAAGGCGGAUUGAGGAAACCUGCAUGAAUCCUGUGCCGUUUACAACCGAUCCAGAGUCAGCUCUACCUUCCUAUGAACAGGCUCUUGUGGCAACUGGACAAUAUGAUGCACCUCCACCCCCUUAUCCAGGGUCAUCUUCUGGUUCCUGGAAAUCACAUCACUCUUGAUAAUGAAUUUAUUCGAUGAUGAAUUAACAAAUAUUCGCACUAACAGUAAACAUUUAAAUUUGGUGUUUUUUAAAAAUGAAAUUUGCACUAUAAAAUAAUAUUUAAUUAAGUAUCUUUGUAUUGGAAAGUGAUACUUGUAUAUAGCUUUGUGAUGUAAAAUGAUCAUAAAUUAUGCAAAAUGUUUGUCUUUUUCAUUGUUUAACCUUUAUCUGACACUUUCUUAAUCUAACAAAACGCUUGAACAAUUUAAAUAAUACAAAUAUAAAUGUUGUGAACUAUUGACCUUCACACUUGUUUGGGAGUACAAAUCUGAGGUUAGCUGUAAAUCGCAGAAUUCUCAAACUCCAGUUAGAUUAAGCAUUUGUAGAAUUGAGCCUAGCUUAAGUAUCACUGCAUUAUCAGACAUGUGCUUGAUAUCAAUUAUAUGUAAAACUCAAUUUCAAAGACUGUUGAAGUCUAGGAGUUUAAUAAAUCAAAUCUAAAUCAGACAGAGGUAUAGUUUUAAAAACUGUUUUUAUACAAACAACCACUACAUGACAUCUCAAAGUUGUAGUCAGUGAAAAGGCUGGUCGUUUAGAUUAUCUGUAUCAAAUGUUGCUUUCAACUAGCUCAGCUCAAUCAUUAAAUUCAAAUACACAUUUCAAAUAACUGCAGCUUGUGUCCUCACUGGCCACUAAAUGCUUUCAGUUGCCAUUAUGAAGGUUGUCAACCAUAAAAACCUUAGGAACUGGCUUUGGAGCAAAUUUUUCAUUACCUUUUACUCAAUCUCUGAUUGCAAGUUGAAGAAUUCUGCUUAUGCCCAAGAUGCUUUUCAAUCGCCAACUCAGUGCCUAUACAAUUCACAGUUGGUUUGCGAAGCUGGCAAUUUUGGCUAUCUGCUGUCCUGGAUUAUAUUGCUUUUAGGAAAAGUUCAAGUUGUAAUAUUGGGUAGUUUGGUCAUAGCACAUUUUAUGCCAGUUAUUUAAUGCAUGCACCAGUUGCUUUUACCCCUCCUGAUUGAAGGUGAUAUGUCUUAAAAAAAACUGAAAAUAAAUUAAAAGGCUGUUCUGUUGCCUGGAGAAUGGAACCUGGAAAUAGGCAAGGUUUUGCAAAAAAUGUGCAGUUCAACCUGAGCGAAAGAGGAAUCGGGGAAACUAUUUCAAUUCAAACCCUUAGGCCUCCUUAGACUUGCAUACAAUUGUUUAAGGCUGAUUUACUGGCACACCUUGAUCUAGAGUCAUUUUUUGAUGUGGUUCUCACUUCCUGUGAAAUUAUAACAAGAUUUGGGGGUUGGUUAAUUCAGCUGACAAUAUGGCUAGAGAGUGUUGCAGAAUGAUGUCAGUAAUAUUGACUUCCUCCCUGUACCAGCUGUGAUAGUUCAUGCGACUCCAUUUCAUCAUCAUGCCCAAUCCUCGAACAGUGGUGUGCCUCAAGCUAUCUUAAACCAAUUGUCUGUCUGUUUGUCCUUCUCUCCCUGUAUGGAGAGAGAUGCCUGUUGUUCUUCGUUACCUGUGGCGAACUACUUUGUUUUAAGGUAAUAGGUUAUGGUGAAGUCCACACUUUACUGACUAAGCAAAAUUUGUUCCUUUUGUGUUUUUAAGACUCAAAUUAGUGUGAAAUGUGAGUGGCAUAAGUUGUCAGCUAUCAAACUAACUAUGACUAAGGCAAAAAUGAAACCAAGAACUGCAGAUGAUGGAGAUCUGAAACAAACAAAAAUUUAAAUUGCUGUAGAAACUCAGGAAGCCUGGCAGCAUUUGUGGACAGAAAAGGGAGUUGACGUUUCGAGUCCAGACACCCUUCUUCAAAACAGUUCAAAAGAAGUGUCACUAUCCUCAAAAUAUUAACUGUUUUCUUUUCACAGAUGCUGCCAGAUCUCUAAUUUCUCCAGUAAUCUCUGUUUUUGGUUGACUGUGGCAACUUCUUUUUGUGUGCUGAAUUUUCCAAGCUUAUUCAGAAAUGUGUGGUCAUGGUUUGAUUGACACUAGUGAUUUGAAAUGUUGAUACACUUUGAUCUCCUUAUGAAAACUGGCAUCUCUGUGCUUAACAGCCAAUUCUUAGGCAUGCCACCACCACCAAAAAUGCAUAUUUCUAUGGGGAUAUUUUUCCUGAGAAGGUUUAGCUGCUGUUUCAUCUUUUUGUCCUUUUCUUUGACAUUUCUCUUUUUUUUCAGUUGUUAUUGAUCAACAUUUUAGAUUCUAUAUUCUUGUUAAAUAAUUUCUGCCUGUAGAUUUAUUGCAUUUUAUAAUCAUCUAUUAUGUAUCUUUGUAAUAGAUCAAUAACCUGUUAAACAU